AAAUGUCAGAUUGUGAUUUCGCGAACAACAAUCCAUAUUAGUGAGCACAGUAAAUUAUUUGUCGGUAGCAGGGAGUUGCGUUGCGAUAAGCGAACAAUUUAUUUGUUCGCUGGCAUAUCGCUCGCAAACGCCAAAUUAUUUGUAAAGUGGACUGUUUGCAGAAUCGAGCGAUGAGCACGGGCACGCUCCUGCUGGCGCUGGCGCUGCUGGCGCUGCUGGUGGCGCUGGUGGCCUGCUGCUGCCGCCGGCGCAAGACGCAGGGGCAGGUGCUGUCGCCCCCACCUCCCGCGCCGCCAGGGCCCCUGCAAGCCGUGCAAGCGCCCUACCCACAGCAGCAAUACGUGCCUGCGCCCUACCCUGUUGCUACAUCAUACCCUACACAAUCAGCCGCUCCCUACCCGGCGGCCGCCCCGUAUCCGGCCGUGGCGCCGUACCCGGCGACGGCGGGCCCGAUGCCGGUGCCGGGCGGCGGCUAUCCGGCGCCGUUCCCGGCCCCGUAUCCCAGCGCGACUCCGUACCCGGCCGGUCCGUUCCCACAGCCGUUGCCAGACGCUCACUACCCCUCCGCACCUAGCGCGCCAGAGGCUCAUGCGUUCUUUGGCGUGCCGCCGCCGGGCUGGAUGCCGCCAGUACUGCCGCCGUCGUACGAGCAGGCGACGGGGACCAAGAACCCUCCGUACCCCAUGCACUGAGCGGCGCCGCCAGCUCACCAUCGCGUCAGUGCCACCCGAGACACGUCCUCCCGUUUCAAGACUCUCUUUACAGGGAUUUUCUUUAGAGAUUACUUAUUUUUUUAUUCUUUGUAUCCAGCUGAUUGAGUUGAAAUGUACCUGAAUAGGACAGUAGCGUAAGUCUGGUUUUAGAAUUAAACAUGCAUCAACAGUACGUUUCGCGAAAGCAUUACGUAUUGAAGGCUGCUAUAGCACUUCAGUAUUCUGUUGCUCGAAGAGUGGGGGGAUUAUAGUGCUGCAUCGUGCAGCUAAAUCAAUGAAUUGAGUUGCUGCAAAAAGUAGUAUUAAGAAUUGGAGUAGCUUAAUAAAUCCCUUCAUUUACCAUGCUGCUAAGCUACGAUUCUGAAUGUAUGUACCUAUUUUUUCAAAGUCUAUGGGGAUACAUAUUUUGUAUAGGUAAUUGUAGUAUUUUAUAGUGUAAUUAUUAUUUUGGAGUGUAUCGAUCUAAUGAGGGGAUCGCCUAAUGCUCAACGUAUGUCUUGAAACCGGAGCAGCCGCUGAGAGCGCGGCACAACUGAACAAAUGUGAUUUUAUAAGAAUUAAUCAAUGUGUUAAGUAAGAAUUUAUAUAAUUUUAGUUUUUUACUUAUUUACGUGAUUAUUGUUAUCGGUCACUAUUUAAAACACGAGAACAAAUUGGCUAUCAGCAUGGCUAAAGUAUAAUCGACGUCAAUGAUAUGUAUGUUUAUGCUUUUGUCUUUGACGCCGACCGUAUAUUUGGAGUAGGUACUUAUGUAAAGGGAGUCAAGAUGUCAAGACUGAUUAGAAAUGUAGAGUUUGACGCCAAACUGCCAGCGUGUUUGUAAAUACUGGCCCGUAGCAACGAGCAUCGAGUCACAAACUCACAUGACUGCACACAGUGCCGCUUCAUUUCUUAAGUUUUAAUAUUUUUUCACGAACGUCUAAACCUACUAACUAAGGCAUCUUAGGCGUUUUCUAAGAAAUCUAAGGGGACGAAAUUCUGGGGUCUUACCUAAGACGUCAUAUAAAUAUAACCCUUUAGGUCGAAGCGGCUCUGUGGAAACCCUUCCUAUACUGCCUCUAUAUUAAUGUUACAAGAGAUUAUUUCUUCGGAUGUCUAAAUGGUAUGCAAUUGUAAAUAAUAUGUAUGAAUAGUCUAAACAAUAUUUCCUGUGUAUUAGCCAGUUACGAGUCUGACACAUACCUCUUAUAACUCAAGUCUACCAAUUUAUACUAGUCGAUGUAAACUGAACUCUGUGUAUUGCAGAUAAUAACGAAUAUUGUGUUUUAAGCACCUAAGUAUAAAUUAAUAUUCGUAUACAAUAUGUAUGUGCCAGUUAAACAAGUAUGCAUUAAGGUCUUCAGAAUUCUGUUACGAAUUGUAUAUGGUAAAUUGCCAGUAACAGGCCAGCAUCCAAUAACUGGCUGCUCUAUAUU